AUCCAACAGAGUACAACACUGUCUAAAUCACCAUGCUGUCCUCCACUUUCCUGAUGACCCUCUUGGUGGUUGCCAUGCUCAUGUUGUUCAGCGCUCCGGCAACUGAAGCUACAUUCUUCCUUAUCGCCUGUUUGCUGCGGUCACCAAUUUGUCCAUUCAUCACGACCACUACCAAAUCAUAAGGAGGUACUGUUGCCGAUUAACCACUGAUAAAACAUUACACAAAUUUAGAAAAUAAACAAAAUUUUGUUGCAUUAAAUUGUUGCAUUUUCGUUGAGGGACAAUUUACCAUUGA